CGAGAACGUUGAAACGUCAUGUUUUAAAAUGUUUUUUAAAAUUUCUUAAAAUUUUUUUAAGCAAAGUGUUAUAGCAGUUUUUUUUAUAGUCAAAUGUUUUAAAAAUCGCUUCUUAUACUGUUUUAAUAGCCUUUUUAAUGAACUCCUGCUGAUCAUGAAAGCGUUGUGAAGCAGAUUAACAGUGUACAUUAGUUACCCUGUGGGCAGAAUCUCCUUCCUUAUCUAAAAAAUUUAAAGGUAGGGUAAAAAUUGAAUGAAUUGAAUGAAGAUUUUAUUUAGAUGUCGUUUUAGCUUGCUGAAGGCAAAAAAAUACAACCCAGUCUAUACUUGAAGGCCUGUAUUUUUGAUUGGUGACUGACCAUUGGUAAUCGAUUUCUCAGGACACCUUGAAAUUUGUUAAGUAGGAGUCAACAAAACCAGGAUCGAACCGGAUCAAAUCAUCCCAUGUAACUCACUAAAUGACAGAAGGAAAUAAGGGAUAGGGUCUGUAUAAAUGAUCCGAUCGAUGGCCCGCCUGGGCUCGAUUUCCGCUGGUUGUCUUUUAUUUCUCUUUCGAUGACUGUAAUACCCUGGAGAAUUUAGAGGCAAUGGUUAUGCAAAAAUUUAGGGGGUAAACAAGAUGAAUUAUAGCCUAUGUGAAACUGACGAAUAGUGAUCGUGGAAAGUGUACGUGGAAAGUAAAUUUUUGCCCUACUGUUUGAUCAUCCUUUUAGUUUAAACAUGCAGGAAAUGCCGAGAAAAAUCGAAGUUGGGGACCUGUCUGGUAAGACGCUUAACUACCUCUCCCACUCCUUGGACAAACCCACCCUAAACUCCUGGGAGGACCUAAUGCGAAGUCAAACCUUUCGCUCCAUAUACCUCCAUAUAACUGAUGCUCCCGAGAAAAUACGACUGAAAAGUCAGGGCCUCGUGCACCCAGCGGAGUCUUUACUACAAGACCUCGCAAAGCGAAAAACACCAUUGGAAGACCUGAUAUGUGGUUUAAGAGAAAUUGGCAACAAAGAGGCAAUUUCGAUCAUUGAACAUCGGGAGAAAUGGUUGGAAGGUAAGUUGUUCUCAUCGGUCGUCAUCGCUUAAUUCGGCAUGGGUUGAAACAUAUCUGUGGAAAUGUUUUGUUUUCGGAUUUUGAUAGAAUUUCUUCAUAAAGUAAAAGUCCGACCUUUACUCAAAAUAAAGAGUAACCUGCUCUUGGCGCUAAAAUAGAAGUACAUGUCGACGUACCAAGAAAGAACUAAAAGAAUAUAAAAUAUAGCUGAAAUAAAUUUAGUUUCUGAAAAUAGGGAACCUGAAAUAAAUAGCUCCGCUCUUUCUACAAAGGCAGCUUGGUUUAUAGGUUGUAUCAGUUUUUACAGGCCCGAGCUUUUCUCCUCAUCCAGCCAUGUAAAAGACCAACUGGCAAUUUAAUGUAUUGUUCCAAAAUCUUUGUGCGAUACAUGUAUGUCUAUAGUAAUGCCCAAUCCUCGAUUGUGUCUAUAACGCGUACGGAAGGAUAUUAAGUGCAACUGUCCUUUUUUAAGUUAUUUUAACUUACAGUCUUACAGUCCAGUUUCUUGUUGAGGGUCUCCAACUGGGUCUCGAUUAGGUUUGAUUUCUGCAGCUCUUUCUGCCCUCCCCGAGAAGAGACGAGUCUGUUUUCGUGAGGAGUGCGGGCUUAUUUUUCGAACAGCGACUGGUAAUCAAGCCUAAAUCCUGACCAGUUCGAGAAGAAAGUAUGCAACUUGCGUCAUGUUAACUGAAUGAAAAUGAUUUAUUUUAUUAACUGAAUAAAGCCAACUUUACCUUCUGGAAAUUCGUUCUCUUUCCGAAUUCCGCAGCCCUGUUCCCUUUCUCCAUCCAAAUCAAUCUCCAAUUCCGACCAAUUAAGGUAAUUCCCAGACACUGAGCCGAAACCCUUAUCGGAGACCCUCUUUAAUGUCAUUCCUAGAAAAGAUGAGCAAUAGCUUCAGCCCCCAAGACUCUGGUGGACGACCGCCUCCUUCACUCUCCAUACCGCGACAACCAGAAGAGGUAUUUGCUAUUCUGCCAGUCUACCCACUUUGGCUGUUUUGUUGUUCCAACAACAGAAAUAUAUGAAAUGAAUAUUACUAUGUUUGAAAUAAAUUUUGUAACAUAAUUAAUCUUUCAUUAUGCUCUAUAGAUAUUGGAUAGCUUAUAAGGUCAUGGUAUGAUAUGAUUAAGUGGUGCAUGCGACUGUACGUGCGAGUAAUAUAGAAGAAAAGUGAUGACGUCACAAAAACUAAAUUUGUGUUGUGAAAUCAAGGGAUGGCUUGGCUUACCCGGGGAGAAGACGAUAAAAUAUGUUCACUUGCCAAAAGUGAGCCUGUUCAUCUUCAAAUUGGUGCGAGCAAGCGUCUCCUCUCGUUUGCCUCUCACACGUGUACUUUUCACGUGUACUUUUCACGUAAAUGGAGGGCUUGCUGGCAGAUUAAGUACUUUUCUGCUCAAAUACGAUCCAGACCUAUCUUAUAAGGAUUUAUAAGGAGUCAUCAGAGCAUAAUAGUACUUAUAUCUCCCCGCCAAUUUGCAAUAACAGACUCAUUUUUAUCCUGUUCCAGGGUCCAAGAUAGUUGUGUCAGCGGAAUUGAGAAAGCAUGAACACGAAAACAAAACAGUAGGAAACUGGGAAAAGGAAGGGUGGCUUCCUUUGAUCAUUAUACGUUUCUGGGAAACUGCCCACCUACCCCUCGCCUACGCCAUGGCCAACAUUUUGCCCUAAGUAAAAAAUAAGUGUUAAUUUUGGCUUAAGGGAGGGGUAGGUGAUCAGUUUCCCAGAAACGUUUAAUGAUCUUUUUUCCCACUCCCGCCUCCUUUUUCCAGAUCACGCUCUCAUGUUUUCUUGUCCCUUUCACUUACACGUCAUCCAUCCCUGAGCUAGCCUGGAACUAGCUAGCUCAUUUUUGACAAGUGAACAUAUUUCAUCAUGUUCUUUAUUUCUUUAAUUCUUUUCUAUCCCAAAAUUUCACAAAUUUGAAUUUUCGUUACGUCACACUUCUCUUCUUAUUUUUGAAUAGUGGUUAUAAGUAAUUUAGUUUUACUCUUAAAACUAGUAAUUGCAAGCUAUAUGUUAUUCUCAUGUUGAAGGUGGUUUCUAACUAACUAACUGUAUUUGUGGUAGUACACUGGAGUGCUUUGACGACUGGCGAUGCGGUCAUAUGUUUCGCCUUGUGCCUGUUUUCAGGCACAAGGCGAAACAUAUUACCUUUUUCUGCCAAUAAAUCACUGUGAAUAUGGAUCAACCCAUCAUUACACUUAGAUCUGGACUAGGUUAAGACGGAUGGAACGUGAUUUUUCGCGAUUUAGUGUAAGAAACGUAUUUUUUUUUAUGAUUUUGGAGGGGCCGACUGUUCGAUAUUUCAAUCAUAUCACUAUAUGUCUAGCUAUCAUUGUUCUUAGAAAUGGACUAGUUUUAGGCAAGGAACAAGAAAUUAAUAUAGGGAACGUAUUUUCAUGUUUCUUCGAGUAGCUAUAGUACUCGAUAUUUUAUUGAUCAAUCAAGACGUCGAUAGUGGGGAAGGGGGAGGAGAAACGGUGCAAAGUUGAGGUCGAGGGUGGUUGGGCGAAGCGGUUUGUAGUUUAGGUUCCGAUAAAACCUGUUGUAUUUUAAAUGAUAUUACGACUUAGGGUCUUUAUGAUAAUGGUGAUGGGUGACAUACAGGCGAGAAAGUAAUAGUCAAUUAGCAGUAGUCAAUUAUCACAAUUUAAAGAAAAACGCGAUGUAUCAGUCAAGUCGAUAAAUUCCUAUUCACCGUGUGCACAAUCACCAAACAUUGCAUUGAUGUCAGAGUAGCUCCGUACGGCUGAGGUGAGAGUCGGUUAACGCGAAACGAGACUUGCUACGCGCCCAGAGGCAAGCAACCCAAACGCCAAGGGCUGUUUUUCCUACUCCUCCCAAUCGAAUAUCUCUGUUAUUAAGUGAGGUGGUUACGGUAAUUCAGUCAAACUUAAGACAAGCAGCUUUGGCUAGCCCCUCAAAGUACGCCUGCAUUUACAUGUAUUCAGGCUAUGGGUAAACGAAAGUGAAUCGAUACGGCUACUUUAACUAGUCAUCGAGAUAGUAUGAGAUUUUAGUGCAUUUUGCACUAUAAGAAUGAGUCAUUUAGGUAAAGUAAGCAAGAAAAAGUGAGCAUGAUAAAAAGCGAGAUAAGAUGUUCUAUCAAAAAAAGUACAGAAGUUCGAACGGAACCGCUAUAAAAAUCAAGAAAAGGCAAAUGCCCUCAGACUGUAACUAUCAAAAAAAGAAAAAUCAACUCAGGGGCCCAAAUGAACUCAUCAACUCCCUCUUGUUGAUUUGUACAAAGUCUAUCCAAAUGUGCGUUGAAAAUGGUACGAAAUACCGGACGUUUCGAGGUUGCUCCCUCUUCCUCAGUGGUUUAAUUUGUCUGCGUUUAUUGUGACUGGCCAAUUGAAACUACUUUGGUUUUGUUUUGGCGACAGUCAAUUCUGAUCGCUAAGAGUAUAUUUGCCAGAAUCUGAUAUACGCACUGGUUAAUCCUUACAUUUAUAAACAAAGGAAGGGUCCAAAUUUCUGUAAUUUAAAGAAAAGGGGCUUCACAAAUUAGUUAAAUAUCUGUUAGUUAGACUAGUUCGUGUCAGUUUAUCUAAUUUUUAGUUAUUUAUUUAUUAAAAUCACUCUCGACAAUUUAAUAGUCAUCCUUUAUAAAGUAAUAAAGAAAGUACGCACCCUCUGAUUUCUGAUGGGUCGAGGGUCGUGUUUGUCGUGUUUGCAUGAGAGUAUGUAAACGUGGUUGUGAGGUCAAGAUGUUUUGCUUUCGCGCGCUAAUCACGUAAGAACGAAUUUGAACAUUCUCAUCCCCAGAGCCACUAGGCUCACUUUGCAACCGAACAGCGACAACCAGAGACCAAAAGAAACAAAGGGCUUUGGUGACGAGAAUGGAAUUUGAAAAAGAUUUUAAGAUGAAAACUCGACAAGUUUACUUUAUUUAACCAAUUACUCGUUGGCCAACACUCGAAAAAUCGUAACAAACAUGCUGCGUCAGUUUUUUUUGCUCAAGCUGACAAUUUAAGCAAGAAAAAUCCAUAUUUUGGAAAGCAUCUUUUUCGCAAAACAAGAACAUUGUCCUCAACCCCUUGAGGGGUUGAGAGAAUUCUUGAUCGUUAUGUAAUCCUCGACGUCGUCUCGGGUUUGCUUAACCGUGUCGAAUUUCUCCUUUCCUCUCACGGAAACGUUUACUAUUGCUUAGGCCCUGUUCGCAAAACGACAAAAACUAGAGUUUGUCGUUUGCAAAAAUGAAGUUUGAAAAUGUUGUAGUUUAUACCAAUUUUUCUUUUUUUGCACCUGACGCCCGCACGUUUUCAUGUAACCAAAAACGUCAUUAAAUAAAGGAACUUUAAUUGGUCACGUUAGCUCGAAAUAACAUGAUUCGACGAGAGAUAGCUGUCAAGGAACAAAGGAUUUUGUGGACAAUCAAAAAAUUUGUGGGACUCCAAACUUUCUCGACGGCAUUUCUGAAGUUUGGUUACACCUGAGAAAAUUGGUAGGCGAAAAAAAUCGUUCGCACUAAAAAAGAGGGUCUGAAAUGGUUUGCGUACUGCGAACAGGGCGUUAAAUAAUGUCUUUGUCGCUAAAGCGAGGUUAGUUGAUUAUUGGAAAGAUUAAGAGUCACGUUUACGACAAACGGCAAACGUCAGAUUCAAGUUGAGAAUUUCUCAGAAUAGAAAAUAAGCAGAUAAAAACUAUUCAGAACAAUUCUUAUAUGGGUAAAACUGGCAUGAAACUGCUUAUUUUUUGGUAGAAGUAAUAAACAGUAAACGACAAUUAAGGAGUAAUCCUCGUCACGUGGUACAAAUUCACGUUUUCUGUUUCGCGUAAACGUGACUCUUAAUCUCUCUAUUUUCUUUCUUUUUCUCUUCAGAACUGCUCUUCGGCUUCGUUGUCAUAUGCCAGAUGUGCCUCUUCAGUAAAGACACAAGGCGAAACAUAUCCUAUUCAGGAAUCUGCAGGAUUCAAGGAAGACCGUCCUUGCAAUCCGGAUCGACUCCAACAAUACAUGGGAAUGAUCUUCAACUAUUUCUUCCCUUGCUUUGAAUUGUUGGGCCGCCCAAAAUAAUACAGUAAUAUUUAGGCCAAUGGCAAAAGUGCCCUGUCGACAUUUUACAUUGGUGACUUAAGGCAAUAUUAAGGAAUAGACGUCAAUACAAGUGUUAAUUUCAAAAUCAUCAUGAUUUUAAAAUUAGUUAUGGGUUAAACUUACACCGAUAGUUAACUUUUAUGCGUUCUUUUAAAGUGUUUUAACAGGAAUACCCAACGACUAUUUUUUUUUAAAUUAGUGUAGAUUGUGUCAAAUUUAAUGUGUAACGAGCUAAGAAAGGAGCUCAGAUAUCCUGGCCUCACGUCUUAAGCUUUGUAAAGUAAGGAAUGAAUAGGUGAUCGCUCUAGAAGACAGAUUGAAAAUAGAUCAAAAAGGUGAA